ACCCCUUUGUCAUUAGGUACCCACGUACCCCACAACCCAUAUUCCCCACAUACCUGAUGAUCAGCCAUCUGCCCCCUGCCCCUUGUCUGCCUCCACCCUGCCCCACUCUGUGUGGUGACCCCAUGGGCAGCACAAGUGUUGUUUCAGGGCCUACUGACCUUCCAGGAUGUGGCUGUGCACUUCACGCAGGAAGAAGGGGGCAUGUCUGGACCCAGGGCAGAGGGCCCUGUAUAGGGACGUGAUGCUGGAGACUUACAGGAACCUGGCCUUGCUGGGAGUUCCAGGAUCCAAACCAGAUCUGAUCUCCCAGCUGGAACAAGGAAAGGAGCCCUGGGGCUUGGACCUGCUGGGGUCCAAGGAAGGAGAGAUCCCGGGAGAUCCCCGCAUGGAUUCCAGCCCGGGGUCUUUGUGUAAGCAGGCAACUGCAAGAGUGAGCAUGUCUCAAGCUGCAGAACCUCAAGGAGAAGCAUCUGGAAGCUUCUCAGGGGGUGAGACUUCAACACCGGUCUGCAGAGAAGCCCUUGGUCAAGAGGGCAGGUUAGAGAGCCUUGAGAACUUCCUUCUCCAGGAGAGACAGUUACACAGGACACACUGGACAAUCUCCAAAGGAGAAGGUGCCCAGAAAUGCAGUAAAUGGGGACCCAACAUUUUCCUUAGUCCACACCUUGGGACCCACGCGAGAAGCACUCAAGGGGAGAGGGCGCACACGUGCGAAACGUGCGACAAGGGCGAUAUCUCUCACGCCUGGUGAGGCGCCAGGCCACCCACAGCGGCGAGAGGCCACACGAGUGCGGGGAGUCCGGCCGCGCCUUCAGCCAGCGCUCGCACCUGGCGCAGCACCGCAGCGCGCACGCGGGCGAGAAGUCCCACGAGUGCCGGCAGUGCGGCCGCGCCCUCACGCGGCUCUCCACGCUGCACCGCCACCGGCGGGUCCGCAGCGGCGAGAAGCCCUUCGGGUGCGCGCGGUGCGGGAAGACCUGCAAUUACAGCACCCUCCUCGCCCAGCACCAGCGGAUCCACACCCGAGAGAGGCCGUUCCGGUGCGCGCGAUGCAGCAAGAGUUGCAUCUGCAAGUCAAGCUUCAGAAAUCAUCAGAAAUCCCACUUGUGCAGCCGUGCAGCCUGGACCUCUGCGAGUUAAGCUUUGGAAGCUGCCGCUGGAGGGCAGAAGGCUCGGGACUCGCUCCAGGCCUCUGUAGAAAUGAAGGGCUCUUCCUCCAUGGAGGGCCCCCAGAGGGAUGCCCCAGGGCAAGCAGGAGCAGCGCCGCAGCGAGCGCAGCAUCAGGGACUGGGUUGUUUCUCCACCCACGAACCAUGUGUGCAUUUCAGGUCCUUCCCAUAACGGGAGGGCCGCCCAGGCUACCUGCCCCCGCCAGCACUGCCCUGUAGCCUGCUCGGUUUGGCCUCACUGGCCAGCAGUUUCCUGGACAAACUAAUGCUUUGAAGGUUACUCUUUUCAAGUGCAUCCGGAUUUUAUUUUUAAAAUGUAGGUCUUUGUCUUUAUUUGCAACAUAGAUGAGUUCUAAAAGCCUUUGGAACCCAGACAGGCUGCACAAAGUGUUUGGACAAUCUUUCAUCACACAACACACCUGAGCACCUGGCAAAGGGAUCCGCAGGUCAUGAAAUUCUAGUCCUCGCUUGGUUCUGGCUUUUUAUUCUCGGGUGCUUAUUUCUUGCAACAAUGUGAUUGUUCCCCUAGGGCAGCUCAGCCUCUGGCACUGUUAGGCACUGAAGG